CUACUGCACAGUGAGGACCCUUCUGUGCUGCUGCAAGGGGUGAGAGGAGAAUUCAGGAGGGACAUUAACUGCAAAGAGAAAAAUGCCCCGUCUGUCCUCAGUUCUGACCUGCAUCUUCCUUCUUGCCUCUGCUUCCUGUGAGUUCUUUGCUGGAUAUUCAAGAAGCUUUCCUUGUGAUGAGAGUAAGCAGAAUGCCUCCGUCAUUGCAGAAUGCAACAAUCGUCGACUGCAAGAAGUUCCCAAAACCGUGGGGAGAAACGUGACAGAACUAGACUUGUCUGAUAAUUUCAUCACACAGAUAACCAAUGAAUCAUUUCAAGGGCUGCAGAAGCUCAUUAGACUAAAUCUGAACCACAAUGCCAAUCAGCAGCACCAGGACGAAAAUCCUGGUGCAAUCAAAAAUGGCAUGAACAUAACAGAUGGUGCAUUUCUCAACCUAAAAAACCUAAAGCAGUUGCUGCUUGAAGACAACCAGCUAUACAAAAUACCUACUGGUUUGCCAGAGUCUUUAAGAGAACUUAGUCUAAUUCAAAACAAUAUAAUUUUGGUAACUAAAAAUAACACUUCAGAACUUAGAAAUUUGGAAAAAUUCUAUUUGAGCUGGAACUGCUAUUUUGCAUGUAAUAAAACAUUUGAAGUGGAAGAUGGGACAUUUGAAAAGCUUACAAACUUAAAGGAGCUGUCACUAUCUUUCAAUACUCUUAUCCAUGUACCACCCAAGCUACCAAGCUCCCUAGUAAGACUUUAUCUGAGUAAUGCCAAAAUUAAAACCAUUGGUCCAGAAGACUUCAAGGGAUUGAAGAACUUAACAUCACUAGAUUUAAGUGGCAACUGUCCGAGGUGUUUCAAUGCACCGUUUCCUUGCACACCUUGUGAGGGGGAUGCCUCACUGAAAAUCCAUCCUCUGGCUUUUCAAAAUCUGACCAACCUUCACCACCUAAACCUCUCUAGCACUUCCCUCCAAACUGUUAAUUCUACCUGGUUUGAAAAUAUGCCCUAUCUGAAGGAACUGCAUCUUGAAUUCAACUAUUUAGUGCAAGAAAUAGCUUCCGGUGCAUUUUUAACCAAACUGCCUAAUUUGAAAAUACUGGAUUUAUCUUUUAACUAUGUGAAGACGCAAUAUGUAAAAUAUAUUAAACUUUCCCCCAACUUCUCUAAGCUUACAUACCUAGAGGCAUUGCAUCUAAGAGGUUAUGUGUUCCAGGAACUCAGAAGAGAGGAUUUCCAGCCUCUGAUGGGUCUUUCACACUUAAAGACAAUCAACCUUGGCGUUAACUUUAUCAAGCAAAUUGAUUUUAACGUUUUCAAAAAUUUCUCCAGCCUGAAAGUUAUCUACUUGUCAGAAAACAGAAUAUCACCCUUGGUAGAUGAUACCAGGCAAAAUUCUGCAAAUAGAUCCCUUUUGCAAAAUCACGACCGUAAGCCACGCUCAAAGGAUUCAGAGUUUGACCCACAUUCAAAUUUUUAUCAUCCAACCCAUCCUUUAAUGAAGCCCCAAUGCACCAAGUAUGGAAAAGCCUUAGAUUUAAGUUUGAACAGUAUUUUCUUUAUUGGCAGAAAACAAUUUGAAGAUUUUCAAGACAUUGUCUGCUUAAAUCUGUCUUCCAACGGCAAUGGUCAAGUGUUUAAUGGAAGCGAAUUUUCAACUGUGCGUCAGGUCAAGUAUUUGGAUUUGACCAACAACAGGCUAGACUUUGAUGAUGAUAAUGCCCUCAGUGAAUUGAGCAACUUAGAAGUUCUAGAUCUCAGCCGUAAUUCGCACUAUUUCAGAAUAGCAGGGGUGACACAUCGUCUGGGAUUUCUCGAAAAUUUAACUUACCUCAAGGUUUUAAAUUUGAGCUACAACAGCAUUUAUACUUUAACAGAGGAAAAUGAGCUGAAAAGCAUGUCCCUGGAAGAGUUAAACUUCAGUGGAAACCGCCUCGACCUUUUGUGGAAGCCUGGAGAUAACCGGUACUGGCCCAUUUUUAAAUCCCUCAGCAAUCUGAGACGGCUUGACUUAUCUGACAAUAGCCUUCAGCGGAUCCCAAAUGAAGCAUUUCUGAACUUGCCUCAGAGUCUCACCCAUCUCUAUUUAAAAAACAAUUUAUUAAAUUUCUUCAAUUGGACAUUGCUCCAGCACCUUCCUCAGCUCAGUGUGCUUGAUCUAAGUGGAAAUCAGCUGUCCUCUUUAGCUAGUAGCCUGUCUAGGUGGACAUCUUCUCUGCAGACUCUGCUGUUGAGCCAGAACCGGAUUUCCCACCUGCCUUCCGGUUUCCUCUCGGAAGCCAGCAGUUUGAUGCACCUUGAUUUAAGCUCCAACCUGAUAAAAAUGAUCAACAAAUCCACUCUACAGACCAGGACCACCACCAGUUUAUCUUCUUUGAAACUGGAUGGAAAUCCUUUUGACUGCACAUGUGACAUUGGAGAUUUUCGAAGAUGGUUAGAUGAGAAUCUGAAUGUUACAAUUCCUAGAUUGGCAGACGUCAUUUGUGCCAGCCCGGGGGACCAAAGCGGGAAAAGCAUUGUGACUCUUGAGCUGACAACUUGCAUUUCAGAUAGCAUUGCGGCGGCCCUCUUUUUCUGCACAUUCUUUAUCACCACCUCGGUUAUGUUGGUUGCCUUGGCCCACCAUUUGUUUUAUUGGGAUGUUUGGUUUAUGUAUCAAAUGUGUUCAGCUAAGGUAAAAGGCUAUAGGUCUCUUUCUACAUCCCAAACUUUCUAUGAUGCUUACAUUUCUUAUGAUACCAGAGAUGCCUCUGUUACUGACUGGGUAAUAAAUGAACUCCGCUACCACCUAGAAGAGAGUGAAGACAAAAAUGUCCUCCUCUGUUUAGAGGAGAGGGAUUGGGAUCCGGGCUUAGCCAUCAUUGACAACCUCAUGCAGAGCAUAAACCAGAGCAAGAAAACAAUAUUUGUUUUAACCAAAAAAUAUGCAAAAAGCUGGAACUUUAAAACGGCUUUCUACUUGGCCUUGCAGAGGCUAAUGGAUGAGAACAUGGAUGUGAUUCUAUUCAUUCUCCUGGAGCCUGUGUUGCAGCAUUCCCAGUACUUGAGGCUGCGGCGGCGGAUCUGUAAAAGCUCCAUCCUCCAGUGGCCUGACAACCCCAAGGCAGAAGGCUUAUUUUGGCAAAGUCUGAAGAAUGUGGUGUUAACUGAAAAUGAUUCCCGUUAUAACAAUCUAUAUGUUGAUUCCAUUAGGCAGUACUAACUAAUAUUAGGCCAAGAUUCGGCACUAGAAUAAAAACAAAAUGAUCCUUCUCCCUUAGCCAUGUAUUGCUAUGGAGCAAAUUACUUUAACACUUGGUAGUUUAAAAAGACCCACAUUUGUGAUUUUAUAGUGCCUGCAGGUCAAGGAUCCAGGCACAGGACAUAUGGGUUCCCUGCUCUAGGGUCCCUUGGAGGCUACAAUGAGGAAAUGACAAGGGCCUCAAUCAUCUCUGGGAAUAGGAUGCAGUUCUGCCCUUACACAGCAUGCAACUGUUUUCUGGAUUCAGCUUUUCCUGGGCUAUCGGCCAGAGGCUCCUUUCAGUUUUCUGCCACGUGGGCCUGUCUUGUCAGGCAUGUUCUUUCAGCAAAGCUAGCAAGAGACAGAGGUCACUAGCAAAAGCAAGACACAUUUUUGCAGUCUACUCAUGGAAAUGAUAGCCCAUCGUGUUAGCCAUAUUCUGCUUUGAAGUCAAUCACAGCCGCACCAGCUCAGGGGCAAUGGCCACCUCAGUCCAGGAGCACAGUUAAAGGCCAAGGUAGUGGGGCUGUGAGGAAUUCAGUCCAUGGAAAAUAAUCUGUGACUGAGAUAAGGAAUUGUCUCUGUCUGCUAAUGACUGUUUUCUCUGAACUGCCACCUAGAGACAGCCAGCCAUCUUAGUCAUAACCAGUGAAUACCAGAAUGUGGAGUUCACUAUGGGCCAUCUUAGUGAUCAACACAUUCCACCUGAUUUUUUUUAAUGUAUUUGUUACAGGGUCUCACUACACAACUCGUA